CAGAAAAAAGCGAUAUCCUCUACGGGUACAGCGUCAGACGGACCUUGCUGGGGUAAAAAUGAUCCAAACCCCACAGAAAGCCUGGGUUGUGUGGCUGGCCAAGUGAUGUUUUCUUUGCACAACGCAUAUUAGCUCUGGCCGCUGUAGAAACGCCCUAGCUAGCAAGCUGUCAUCCGUGAUUAGAAAGGGUUUGACUAUAGCUUUACUUUAAGCUAACAUUAGCAUAUUUUGCAUAUUUUACUCCCUGGUUCAGCACAGGAGAGGCAGACUGGAUUGGCUGCAUUUCAAUGGAGACUCUGUCAAAAACACCCGCUGCUGAUGCUACACGGGAAAAGGUGCUCUGUCCACAGCAACCGCCACCACCCAAUGGAGUAGUAUCUGACAGCCUGUCCUUGCCAUCUUAUAAAGAGUAUCCUGCUCACCGUCCCUUCAUCAACACACUCGUGCAUCACACACCCCAAGCACGCACACACCAGUCUCGUCGCCCACCAUCACCCAGCAAGGCAUUCCCAGAGACCAGCAGUGCAGCGAUCUUAUCUGCCCUGCGGAACCUCCAGGAGAAGAUCAGGAGGUUGGAGUUGGAGAAAGGGCACGCCGGUCUACAAACUAUAGGCAAAGAUACAUCACACACACGUCUGCAGAGUGAGAAAGUCACACAGAGAGUCUUUAAUAAUCAGACAGACACAGAGAGAGAGAUGAGUGACCCAUCCAACUGUAACCAAGUGUUGAUCACUCACCUCGCUGCUGCAGAGUCUCGCUGUGUGAAGCUGGAGCGACAACUGGAUCACAUGAGGAGGAUGCUGCGCAGUGCCAAGGCAGACAAGGCCAGCCUGGUCAAACAGCAGGUUUCCAUGGAUGCAGACAAGUUAGCUGAUCGACAGCCUGACGCAGUGUCUGAGCAUGUCCAGUUGGAGAAGCUGGAGCGACUGGAGCAGGAGUAUCUCAGGCUCACACGCACACAGAACAAUGCUGAGAUGAAGAUUCGUGAGCUAGAGAUGAAACUGCAGGAGGAGGAGCACCAGAGGAAGCUCAUCCAGGACAAGGCCAACCAGCUACAGACAGGUUUGGAAGCCAACAGGAUCCUGUUGCAGUCAGUGUCACCUUGCCUGUCCACCAGCCUGUCCAAAGAGAAGAAGUCCAAUUCAAAGAAAUUUUCGACACAGCAGUCGUCCUACACAGAGCCACACUAUAGACUGAGCCUCAGAGAUGUGCCGUUUGUUGCUGGAACGGUAUCAGUGGGCUGCAGCCACUCAGUCAGAGCAAACGUCCAGUCAGUUUUGUCCCUCCUGAAGCGACACCAGCCACACCUCUGCAACAGCCGCGUCCUCUCUAACAACGCAAACGGCCAUGAGACAGGUAGACGCAAUGGACGUUCAGACAGUUCCUCCUCUUCAUCCUCCUCUGCUAGUGGAGAGGAGCUGUCGGAACUGCUGCAAGCACUUCAGGAGGAGCUGCGACUCAUGAGCUUGGAGCAGGACGAGCUGAUGAGGCAGGUGGAGGACAGUGUGUCCGAGCAGGAAAGAAGAGAACUUCAGAGAGAGCAGGAGAGGCUGCUGCUGAAAAUGGAGAGAAAAGGAGAGCAGAUCAGUAAGCUCUACAAACACAAAACGCAGAUAAAGAAGUUGAGAAAGGAAGCUAAUUCUAGGCGCAGCAGUGGGAAUGAGGUAAGAGUGACUACCACAGUGUCCACAAGAGGUCGCUCUGCUGGAGCAGUCAAAGUUAGACCGGGAGAGAGAAGCAAGAGGAACCUGAGGCUGCUGAGGGAUAUGAAAGCGCUGCAGACCUCACUAAGGACCUGAAACUCACCAGGACAUAAACACACCAAAUAAGGUUUAUCUUGUUGGUGCUAUCUACCUUCCUAUGACCAUUAUUUCAUCUUAAGCACAAACACUGACCCAAAACCACUACAUGGGCACAGACAACCCUGAGUAAAUAGAUUUUUAAUAUAUCAGAAACAUUGCAACACAUCUAAAAGGAUUGAUGUAUUUUAAACCGGACCUAAGUUGUCUCUAUUGCAUUUUGUCAAACAAGGUUUAUUGUCUGAUUAGUCAUCUUAGUGUCAAAUGGUUGUUGAGAACAUUAGAAAGAAUGACAGGGCUUUAAAUGAUACAUUUUUCAUUUGUUACAGUUACCAUUUAAGCCACUGCAUUUUUGUUCAUGGAGCAUUUUUUUGUAUUAUUUAUUUAUUUUUCAAAACUUGAUGUUUCAAGUCUUUUUAGCAUCAGAGGGCAAGGUUCAUAAUCUCAGUUUAGCUAUCUGUAUAAUUGAAGAUUCAAUGAGUGCUGGAAAAUAUCAUUUUCAUUGUAGUUUUUCACAUAGCUUUCUGGCCAUGGAAACAAAUUUUACAGCAAUGGACAACCUGAACUUAGAGAGAGAAAGAAAGAAACAGAAAACAGAGAGAGAGGGAGAAAAAAAGACAUGUUUUCAUGGUGCUGUUUUCAUGGUGCUAAAACAUACCAGCCUGCACGCUGGGUUGAGUGGUACUGACGUGUAUUUCUGCAGUUUGAUUAGCCUAAUGAUGUGUUGAAGGACCAAAAAAAAAACAAAAAAAACACUGUACAGUAUUUAGUUAAAACGACUGAAUCCCCUUGUCAUGUUGCACGUAUAGUAUAUGUAUAAGCACACGUGUUGUGUGUCAUGAUCAUAUUUGUAAUUAUUUCUACAAAUACAUUUGGGAGGAUUUUGUUAUUUUUCAAGAAUCAUGCCUAUUUUUGACUGAAAACAUAUUUCUUUGAGAAAUAAAGUAUUUAUGUUUGCAUAUUA